AUGUUCAUUCUUGGCUUUAGUCUAGCCAAAACUUUUCCUGGUUGGCUUUGUCAAGUGGAGGAAGGUUUAGAGGUAAGACAUUUUGCCGGUAAAGGUCGUGGCGUUGUAACAACGCGAGAAUUUAUGAAAGGAGAAUUCGUUGUGGAAUAUAUUGGUGAAUUGAUUGACCAAGUAACAGCAAAGAAACGAGAAAAGAUAUACGCACAAGAUCAAAACACCGGAUGUUAUAUGUAUUAUUUUCAACAUCGUAAUCAUCAGUAUUGUGUCGAUGCAACAGCAGAGACUGAUAAGUUAGGUAGAUUAGUUAAUCAUUCAAGAAACGGUAACUUAGUUGCACGAGUAAUAGAAGUAGGUACGACACCUCAUCUGGUACUUACGGCGAAAGAGAACAUAUCUAUCGGGGUAGAAGUAACGUACGAUUAUGGAGAUCGAAGUCGUGAAGCUAUUCGUCAUCAUCCAUGGUUGGCAUUAUAGCAUCUUCAGAUUAAUUAAUUGCGUAGUAUGGAUUUAUAUUGUACAGCAGAAUUCAUUUAUCUGAUUUUGUUCCUCCUAUGAAGGAACAUUAUACAGAGAGGAAAAAUUAGUUGAAGUUUACAGAACAAACAUAUACAAAAUAGACUUGUAUUCAUGUAUCUGCUUUUCUUAGUAUUUACAUAUUUCUUAAACUGUUCUACAAACAGUCAGUUGCAUGUCUGUUUAAUAUUAUGCCUUUUUCAUCGUUAAAAAAAGAAAUAACAUUAAACUUCCAGAAUAUGUGUAUUAAAAAUCAAUAAUACCUUUCAAUAUAUGUAAUUGUUUUAAAACUUCAAAAUAUUUACCUCUUACAAUUCAUAAUGUUCAUGUACUACACAUCGAAUUACUAUUCGAUUAAUAACAAAUACUUCAUCUAGUCUUGGCUUUAGUCUAGUAUUUACCAAAUUUCAGAAUUUUAACUAUAUAGCUCGACAUACUAGGCCAAAACUUUUCCUGG